AUGCAUUGUGAAAGUGGAGCUUUUAUUGUUUAUUCAUUCGAACGGCUGUGCGAGCUGUCCGAAGAAGAGCUGGGGGACCUCUUCGGCGCCGCGCAGAGUGUGGGGUGGCUGCUGAGCUGUCGAUACACCCGAGAAGCCCUUACGGUGUCUCUACAGGACGGAGCAGCAGCAGGUCAAACUAUUUCUCAUUUGCAUUUGCACAUUUUGCCGAGACAGGCGGGGGACUUCGAGCCCAACGACGAGGUGUACAGACACCUCGAGCGCGCCAACCCCGCCGCCCCCAAACUCCAACUCGACUGUCCAGACAGGCCGGCGCGCACCCAUGAGGAAAUGGCAGCAGAGGCCGAAGACUUCCGCGUUUUUGGCCAAGAACUCAUAAAGAAAAUGAAGCAGCAGCAGCAGCAGCAGCAGCAGCAGCAGUAG